AGCCAAAUUAGUUUUCGACGAACCGUCGAAGUUGGAAGAUACGUUCUCAAUCAUGGCGAACAAACUGGUGCUGGUGGCCCUGUUGGCGCUGGCCGCUGUGGCCGUUGCCCAAAGGAAGCCCAUCAAUGUCGAUCCCGUCGUAGAGAAGAUGCUGGAUGUGUUCCCAAUGCCAGAUAUCCCCGAAGGAUACAAAUCGUCCAAUGCACGCACGAUUGGCUAUAAGUUCCGCACCCGUCUGGAUCACUUCAAUCCUCAAAACCGCGCCACUUUCGAGUUUGAAUACUACUCCAACGAUGCGCACUACAGUCCUGGAGGCCCUAUCUUCAUCGUCGUCGGUGGAAGCUUCCCCCUGAAUUCGUACUUCAUUGAACAUGGACACUUCCACGACAUUGCCAGUUACGAGCAUGCGUGGUUGUUCUCCAAUGAGCACCGAUUCUAUGGACACAGCAUCCCUACUCCUGAUCUCGAGGUCGAGAAUCUCCGUUACCUGACUGUCGAACAGGCAAUGGUUGACUUGGCCGAAUGGGUUCAUCACCUGCGUCAUAAUGUGGUUCGCGAUGAUAAUGCUCGAGUCAUUUUGCUGGGAUGGGGCUAUUCUGGAGCGAUUGCCACGUGGAUGCGUCAACGGUAUCCUCAUCUGGUUGAUGGUGCCUGGAUUUCCAGCGGACAAGUCGAGGCCCGCUUCAACUUCAAAGAGUACGCAAUGGAAAUCGGUGAACUGAUCCGCGAGCACGGAUCGAAUGAAUGCUACAGCCAAAUCUGGAGGGCUUUCCGCACGGCGGAGAAUCUCUUGGAUGUUGGAUUGAAUACUACGGUCACGGAGCUAUUCAACACCUGCGAACCAAUCGAUACGGAUACUAUGCUGGAUGUUGAGACUUUCUUCUUCCACGUCAAGACUGCCUUGCAAUCGGCAAUCCUAGACGACCUGGACACAGAAUCAACCACAAAACUGUGCGAGAAAUUGUACAACAGUACGGAAACCACCGAUCUUCACAUAAUUGGCGCUUGGGUUCAGGAGCACUACGACUACCUAAAUUGCAUGCCAUUUGACUUUGAUGCUGCCGUAAGAACCCUGAAAUACACCGAUAACGAGUACCCGGAAAAUUCCGUCUAUGGUCUACGCGCACGCACCUAUCAACUUUGCACGGAGUUUGGUUGGUUCCUGACUGCGGAUUCCCCGGAUCAGCCUUUCGGCUAUCGCGUCACCCAGUACUUCUUCUUGAACAUCUGCAAAGCCGUGUUCGGCGAAUGGCUCACCAGUGAAGUGGUUGUCGAUGGAGUCCACUUGACCAACAUGCACUUCGGUGGUCAAAACCCCCGGAUCUCCAAUGUACUGUUUACCAACGGAGGUUACGAUCCCUCUCGCGAUGUUUCGAUCACUGAGUAUUACCAGGCAGGGUCCAGCGCCAUGGUUAUUCCGGGUUACUUUCACACUGAGGAUCUGUACUCGAUCAGUGGCUACGACUCACCCGCCAUGCUCGAAGCCAAACACUAUGUACAGCUGUUCAUCGAGAGCUGGCUUUUUGAACCGAUUGUUCCAGUUUAAGCAAAUCAUUAGAACAGAGUUAUCUUGACAUGGUCACUAGUUAGUUGUAAUUUGGUAA